UCCAAAGCCAUCAGCAACUGAGCUAAUUCUAUCAUUUCCAUGGCUUCUUACUCCAUUCCUAGGAGCAGAACAUCCACAUGGAUAAUCAUGGGAAGGAAUCAAUCCACCAUGCACCAUAACAACUGGUUUCUCCUCCUCACUUUCCUCCUCUCACUUGUUAUCAUCGUCGUCAUUGUUCUCAUCGCUCGUUUUUUCUCCGACUAUCUCCGCCGCCGCCAUGCAAAUGUCACACUUACUCCGCACACCCCUCGACUGGAUGCUAGAGCUGUCGCUUCGCUUCCAACUUUUGUUUAUUGUUCGGGCAACAAUAAUGAUGUUGGUGAAAGCGAGUGUAUUAUCUGCUUGAGUGAGGUUGUGGAAGGGGAGAAGAUGAAAAUGUUGUCGAAUUGUAAGCAUUACUUUCAUGUGAAGUGUAUUGACAUGUGGUUGCAUGAGCAUUCGACGUGCCCCAUAUGUCGAGCGGAUGUGAAGAGUGAUUGUCAAUUAUUGGCUUCGCCGACGAUGCCGGCAAGGGUUGGUGGAGCGAGAGGAGAAGAGUUGAUAAUGGCGGGGGUGACAGUCAGAGAUGCGCGUUCCAUGUUGAUUAUGAGGUCAUCUUUUUGCAGAAGAUUGAGCAUGGAGAGGGGAGAAAGGCGAGCCGAUCAUAUAAUGGUGGAUUUAGAGAGGGAGUAGUUUGG